UACUCCAGGUGCUCCUUCCGGUGCACCUCCCGCUUCAGGUGCUCCUUCCGGUGCACCUCCCGCUUCAGGUGCUCCUUCCGGUGCACCUCCUGCUUCAGGUGCUCCUUCCGGUGCUCCAACUCCUUCUGGUAGUGCUGGCCCUUCUGGUUCUGGUUCACCUACUGAGAACACUGUUACUAUUAUUUCUACAUAUACAGUACCAUCUAGUCCUUCAAAGUUUUCAAGCCCUUUUCUGAUUGGGUUUGGAACAGGAAUAGAAAGUUUACUUUUACCAAAAACUAUGAUUGUAAUGUACGUACCUCCUAUAAAAACUAUUUGUUACGCAAG